GCAUGAAACUCUGAAAUAUUAUUUGAAGCUCACUCCGCCCACAAAAGUAUCCUGCUCUUCUCGUAAAAAUAAUUGCCUUUCAAAUCCAAUGAACUCUUCAUAACUUCGCAUAGAGAGACCUCAUUACCCGUAACGAAAAAGAACAGUUUUUAAGUGAUGGAAGGACGAGUUCAACGGUUACAAAAAUGGUUUCUAUCUUUAGGUUUACUCAACGGUGAAGAACAUGGCAAAAAUGUCGAAAAAAUGUUCGUGGAAACUCUCCUUAACGGUGUUGUACUGUGUCAGCUAAUCAACAAGUUGAACCCUGGAGUCAUUGAGAAGAUUCACGAGCCGCCAACAACUGAGCAAGAACGGUUUGCCAACCUCGAGGCCUUUUUGAGAGCCUGCCAAGAAAUUGGAGUAAAAUCCGAAGAGGUUUUUGCUGUAAAUGACCUGGAAAGCGAAGGAGGAUAUGAAAAAGUGCUACGGACUCUCGAAAGCUUAGAAAGUAUAUCAAAUGGUCAUGGUUUUGCUACCAACACAUCCAGGCCACCACCAUUGCCAACACAAAUAGACGGCGAUAACACAGGAGAGAACAGUAUAGCACAAAUUGCAGAGAAAAAAGAGAUGACAGAUUAUGGUGGUGGUGUACGCCUUGUUAAGGCAACUUUCCCAUUUCAAGGGACUGAUGAUGAUGAGAUCUGUUUCGUAAAAGGAGACAUUCUAGAAGUAACAAAGGUCGUUGAUGGUGGAUGGUGGGAAGGGACUAUCAAUGGCAAAUAUGGUUGGUUUCCAAGUAAUUACGUCCAGGAAAUCUCUUCAAGUCCUGAAGUACCAGUAACACCCACAACUCCAUCCCCUGAUGCGCUGUCUGCAAAUAAAAGGGACAGCACAAGAGUAUAUCAUAACUUGGUUGUACAAAAUAUUUUGGACACAGAAAGGGCUCAUGUUAGUGAACUCCAGGCCUUGCUGCAGAACUAUCUCAAGCCAUUGAAAUUUUCAAAUGUCCUCUCUUCAAGAGAUUUGAAAGUUUUAUGUGGAAACUUUGAAGAACUUGUUAAAUUUCAACAAAACCUUUUUAGUAUCAUAGACGAGUGUGCACAUCAGCCUCUCAGCACCCAACGUAUCGCAGCAAACUUCUUACAAAUUGCACCUCAGAUGAAGGAGCUCUACUUAACUUACUGUGCAAACCAUCCAAGAGCUGUGGAAAUUCUUACAAAGUAUAGCGAUGAAUUGUCGGCAUUCAUUGAAAGUAAAGGAGCACCAGCACCUGGAAUACUUACCCUCACCACAAGUCUAAGCAAGCCCUUCCGCCACCUUGAUAAAUACCCAACUUUAUUACUUGAGCURGAAAGACAUUUAGAGGAUGGACAUAUUGAUCAACUGGAUACCAAAAAGGCAAUAGCUGUUUUUCAAAAUAUAAAAACCAGCUGUACUGAAAUGAGAAAGAAGAAGGAAACGGAACUAGAAAUUCUUACCGGAGACAUUGAAGGCCUUGAUAAAGAGGAACUUGCUAAAUUUGGAGAAUGCUUACUAGUGUCGCAGUUUCUAAUCCAUGGUAAUGAAGGGGAAGUUAAAGAGAGAUAUUUCCUGUUAUUUCCAUCCUAUCUCGUCAUACUACAAGUCAGCCCAAGGCUUAACGGCUUCUGUUAUGAGAAAAAGCAUGACUUAUCAAGAGUGUCAUUAAGAUCUUUAGAAGACACAGAGGGCAUCCUCAAUGCCUUCGAAAUCAAAGCAAGUGGAGAGGUAAUGAAAAUCUCAACAAACCAUGCACCAGAAAAGGCAGCCUGGUUAGAAACUGUUUCCGAGCUUGUAGGAAUAGAACCGUCACACUCAACUCCAAAUCACAGUCCAAAAUCCCUGGAAAAAACAGCAUGGGACUCAAGAUUUAUCGGCAAAACAGAUAAGACAAGUGACUUCAAUGUCUCACCAACUGGCUUGCCUAAGAGGUCUAAUAGUACUUCUUUAACAACGUCACAUCAGCCCUCAACAGAGAUAAUACGUUCCAUGUCUACGUCUCAUUCAGCAAAUACAGAUUUGACUUCACUCGGCUCUCCAGUACAUAGCCCACUAGUACCAAAGAGAUGGGAUUUCUCCAAACUUAGACCAACUCCACCUCUUCGACCUGCUUAUGCACUGGCAGCUAAAGAGCAUGAUACUUCAAUGGGGCGUUCUGUCAAAGGCCUUUUACACUCCAACAAGAAGAAACAAGAUUUCACGAUCUUACAGUGUUUACCUUUAUCACACGGUCGAACUAAAAGUGAAGCAACAGAUGAGGAAAGACAUAGUAACUUAACAUCUGUAUCAGGUGGAAGUCAUGUCUUAGAAGAAGAUAUGCUAAUCCUUCGAGUGAUUGAAGCAUACUGUACAAGUGCACGGGCCAGGCAGACCUUAAAUUCAAGUCCAAUAGCACCGGAGAUCCCUGCACAUGCACCCAGAGCAAUGUCUACAUCAAGUUUAAGAAGUGACUGGAAAAGAAAAUCAAAAAAGAAACAAAAUAGAGACGAGACCACUAUUCCUGAACAGACUAAAAAAAGACCCGAAUCUGAUGGUUCAAUUGGCAGUAAAUUAAGGUCAAAGUCAAGAAGAUCAAGGGAGGGGCCCGAUGAUUAUAAUUGCUUAAAAAAGAAAGUAGAACAUUUACAAUAUGAAACAAUGUCUCUAAGAGAAAGUCUGGCAGAAGAACAAAUGGCAAGAAGAAAAAUGGAAAAAUUCAUCCGCACUUCUCUAAAAGGAAUUGUACCUGAUUUGAAAUGGGAAGAAUUCAAAGAUGAAACAUGAAACUUGAAGGACAAAUAGAUAAACAUGAGAUGAGAAGAAGUAUGGGCCUGUUCCUCCUACACUUGGACAUUUACUCAUUUCUGUGCCACUGAUGAUGAUGAUGCCGAUCAUUCUAUCUUGGAUGUAUGUCGUCAAGUAAUGUUCGUACUGUUUCAAAUAACUCCUUAAAGGAAUUAACAUUGCAAUUUUUCUUCAUAACUAUCUCGUAAUUGCAAUAAUCUGAUUGGCUGCGUCAGUUGUGCCUCCAGAAUUUCUUCACAGAUGCUAGACCACAUCUUGACAUCAGUUUUGUGAAAAGGCCUGUAGCAUCUCAUCCUCUUUUAUCUCGGCAUGUCUGUCAGUCUGUCGUUUUGAAAUAAUCAAGCACUCUCCUACUCAAACUGUAUGAUAACAUUGACCUUUACGUAUCUUGAAUGACUGAAAGGGUUUGGUUGUCAUAGCAUCUCACAGCAGUAAAUUAAUGCUAUUAAUAUAUGAAAAAACAAUGGUAUUCUCGUAACAUCCUGGAAAAUAUGAAAUAAUAUUGGUUGAUGAGUUUAAUGGUUAUCACUAUGGAAAAAAGACAAUUACUAUCGAAAAAGGACAAUUGCUAUUGAAAAAUGGAAAAUGUUGCAAGAUUUUUAUUUACAUCGGGCACUGAACUCCAGGAGCAAGGUGUUGCUGAUGGCUUGGAAAUAAUUUGGCAGUCAUAUAUAAGAAUGAUGUUGAUGCAACCAAAGAGCAAGAAACCACAGAGGUGUUAGCUGGCAAAUAAUAGAGUAAAAGUCUUGCUGCGUCAAGUCAUUCAAAUGGAUYGAAAGGUGCUUCCAUCAAGUGUCAACAUCUUAUCAGAUGAGUCGUAUAAUCAUUCAGAUAUCCAAAGGAAAACAGUGGAAUUUGUGUUAUUUUUGUUGUGUUGUUGUUGGUAGUAAGAGCAGUCUUCGCAUGACUGUGAAAAGCUCAGUGCCAUAUGCGUGCCGUGCCGUAACCGCAAUGUUUUCUAAAACUUUUAAUUGGCUGAUAGUUUUCUCACACAAUGCGAUUGGUCUGGAAAGGUGUGACCCUGUCCGCACCAUGUUUGUAUCGUGUUUCAGGCAUUUGAUUAGAUGGAGGGUAAAUUCUUGUGCAAAGUGAUUGGUCUGGCAUAUGCCUUGCCAUGUCAGGACUGUGUUCGUGCCUUGAGGUUUUCACAGUUAUACAAAAACUGCUCUGCCUUGGUGAUGUUGCAAGAACUAGAUCUUGAUGUUUAGAAUCAUGUUGAAUGUUGGUAAGACAACUUGACUUUAUGGGGUGCCUGUGUUGGUAAUGGUAAAUUAGCUACUGACACCCUAACAACAACCUCCCAACACCUUACCUACUCACAGCUGACACCAUAUGGACAUCCUACCGAUGUCAAUUCUGGGAUUGCAUUCUUUACUUUGGCUAUAAAUUAUACUUGCAAAGAUAGAUUAUGAGAACGAAUUUGUGUUGUUCAUAAUGUCGAGAUGUUUAAUAUAUACCUUAAUGAUGGAACUAUGCAAUAUAAAAGUUAUAUCAACAAGAAUGAGGCGUAGAUAUUUAUUUUCCAGUGUGGUGGCAAGCAGAAAACAGAAGCAUUUAUUAACAAGUUGUCAAUAUUAUUAAUUCAUUAGCAAUAAUAAAUUAUAAAGCAUAUAUUUGUACUUCAAAUCUUAGAGAAACUUUUUCACUUUUUGCUAAAUUAUCAUAAAAAGCGUUGCCAUGGUUUAAUUUCCAUGUAAAUGGUGGAAAUCAUAGGUUAUUAUUAGCUAUUUCGAAAAAAAAAGGUUGGUAAACAUACUUUUGUCGUAUGUUGUUUACUAAGCUUGAAGUGUAUUGUAUUGAUAUAUAAAUAAUGUCAGCACAGCCUUCUUUUACCAAAAACAUACCUAAUUUCCCUAUCAAGGCAAUCUGGGAAAUGACUUGCUGUAUGGACGGGAAGCACACGUUCACUGGACACAAAAGGGUUUGGUAUUCAACAUGCAACAAAACAAUGAUUCACCAACCUUCCUUAAAAUAGAAGUAUAGUCCUCCUCAGAGCGUUUAGAAGUGUUUGGAAAAAGUGAGGCUUCAUAGAAAUUGUCUGCCUUCAUAUUUAAUGAUUUGUUUUAAAACCACUUUUAAAAAUAUUUUUACAAAAUAAUUAUUUUGGUGUAACUUGUUACCAGCCUCCUUAAUUUCUAGAACUCAGAACAGGGCUAUCUAUAUAAGGUUCACUGCAGCAAUUCACCGUUCUCAUAAUGGCUGAUGAGCACACGAAAACGAGGUCACCCAGUCAUCUGAUAAGGCCGAGUGCUCAUUCAAAAUUAAGGUAGAUAGCCUGAAUUCAGGUCAAAGGUAAACGCAUUUCAUGUGCUUUUUCAUCUUUUAUUGUGUACUAAUGAGUGAGUGGCCAUGUUUUCAUGCACUUGUCUGCCAUUACGAGAACGCUGCAUGGAAUCUCUGUAAUGGUUUGCUAGAUAUUUCUGACCUUUUUUAGAACAUAAAUCUUUUUAAAAGCUUU